CGAGCCAGCGCGGAGCCGGCCGAGUCGUCGCGGCCCGUCUUCGCUUCUUCUCCGUCUCCGGCCGAGCCCGCGUGUUGAGAAGGGCAAGGAAGGGACGCCGACAGACGGGAGACGCGAUGGAUGAAACAAGAUGCUGAAGAGAUCCGCCAGCUCUUUGGGAGCUUUGCCCAGGGGCACUGGAGUGUGAAAGGAGCACAACAUGAAAAUGCUUCCCGGUGUCGGGGUGUUUGGGACCGGGAGCUCGGCCCGUGUGCUGGUCCCUCUGCUGAGAGCAAAAGGCUUCUCCAUUGAAGCUCUGUGGGGGAAGACUGAAGAGGAAGCCAAACAGCUAGCUGAGGAAAUGAACAUUUCCUUCUACACAAGUCGAACAGAUGAUGUUUUACUGCACCAGGAUGUAGAUCUGGUUUGCAUCAACAUUCCCCCACCACUCACGCGACAAAUAGCUGUGAAGGCUCUAGGAAUUGGAAAGAACGUAAUCUGUGAGAAAGCCGCUACCUCUCUUGAUGCUUUUAGGAUGGUCACGGCUGCUAGGUAUUACCCCAAGCUCAUGAGCAUCGUGGGCAAUGCCCUGCGCUUUCUACCCGCCUUUGUCAGAAUGAAACAGUUACUCGACGAGCACUACGUCGGCAGCAUCCUGGUCUGUGAUGUGCGUGUGUACUGGGGGAGCCUCCUCAGCCAGAAAUACAACUGGAUUUGCGAUGAGCUGAUGGGUGGGGGCGGCCUUCACACGAUGGGCACCUACAUCAUAGACUUGCUGACCCAUCUCACAAGCCAGAAGGCCGAGAAGGUCCACGGGCUGCUGAAAACCUUCGUCAAGCAGAACUCGGCCAUCAGCGGCAUCCGUCACGUCACCAGUGACGACUUCUGCUUCUUCCAGAUGCUGAUGACCGGCGGCAUCUGCAGCACCGUGACUCUGAACUUCAACAUGCCCGGGUCCUUCGUUCACGAGGUCAUGAUCGUAGGCUCCGCGGGCCGUCUUGUCGCUCGCGGGAUGGACUUGUACGGCCAGAAGAACGCAGCGGCCCAGGAGGAGCUGCUGUUUAAAGACUCCUUGAAUGUCCACGCGGAGCUUUCCGAGAAGGAAUUUGAAGACAUCCCUCUUCUGUACCUCAAAGGGAUGGUCUAUCUGGUGCAAGCUCUCCGCCUUUCCUUCCAGGAUCAGGAAGACCAGCGGACCUGGGAUCCCAAACCGGUGGCCAUGGCAGCUUCCUUUGAAGACGGACUCUACAUGCAAAGUGUCGUAGAUGCCAUUAAAAGGUCCAGCAGGUCUGGGGAAUGGGAAACAGUGGAGGAGAUGGUGGAAGAGCCUGAUGCUAAUCAGAACCUCUGUGAGGCGCUGCAGAGAAAUAACUUAUAAUGCAGAUAUUCCUGCAAAACAGAACAAUUGGAAACAGAAGUGGGGUGGGGUGGAAUGGAAGCAGAGGAAAGGAAGAAGGGUAUGUGUGUGUGAAGGGUUUUUAAUCUGGGAGAAUUUUAAAUGUGGCAGGUGUACGUGUCUUUGGUUACUUAAAUUUAAUAAUUUGUGUAUUGUUACGAAAACUUGAAUUGCCAGUUGCACUCAGCGGACAAGGGCUCUGACCCCCCCCCCAUCCCCAAACAAGAACUUUUGGGGUGCAAAACUCUCUUCUCCGCCCAGCUCACGUAUUAAUGCAAGUUGAACAUAAUUGGCAUGUAGUGCUAGAGAACGCCGAUCGUUGUUUUUAAAAUAGGAAUUGGAAGUUAUUUUUUUUUACAGCUCUUUUGAAAUGGGAAACAGCUUCCCCAAAGGAAUAUAAGGAGUCAGAUCUUUAGAGCUGGUUUUCAAAGAGGAUUAGAAGAAUCAGAAACAGGUGUCUCAUUGCAGAUACACAAUAUUUUGCUACAAUUCAGGGACAAACCGGUAAAGAUCAUGUUCAUUCCUUGGGUUUCCCCAACUUGGGUUUCAGUCUUUCAGUACUGAAGCAUGGAUCUGAGAAAGUUUGCAUUGAAUUAUCCCAGUUUAGAACUCUAUAGCUAGAUGCUCAAGACUCUUUCCGGCUGUUUUUCAGUCUAUCCGUGAAAGUAGAAAUGAGGAAAAGAUGAUUGGAGCCCAAAGCCAAAAACAAGUGAAAUGGGGAGUAUAUGUAUGAGGAUAACAAAAGAGACAGAGAGGAUUUAGAAUUAAAUUCCUAUAUUCCUUCCCUUGAAAAAAGAACACAUACACACCAAAUCCUGCUUUUUGCAUGAACAGGGUGAACUUGGAAGUGACUAUCGAAUUUGCAUCAUCUUCUUGAAUGCCCUUGCUUUAUCUGAUCUGACAAAACACCCGAUGGAAUGCAGUUGCUGUUUGUGCAUCUCAAUGCUUCGUACCCUUGCUGGUACGAGGGUUGUGCAAGGCCCAAUAUUCUUUUCUGCCUUUUUUCCAUGCUGCCCAAUCCCACCAAGGUGGUUUCUUGGCCAAGCAAAAAAAAAAAACCCAUGUGCUUUGAUGGUGAGAAUUUUCGGCUGUUUAAUGAAGCAAGCAUUAAGGCUGUCUAAAGGAAGGGAAGCUGACCUUGAAAAUAUAUCCGAGUUACUCUUUUAACUAUAAUCUGGUAGGGCUUGGCAUUUUUUGGAGACUAUCCAAGAUAAACAGUUUAGUGAAUUGAAGCAAACUCUGGUUCCUUGGCCUUUCUCCCAUUUUUUUUUUUAUGCUGUAGGAUCUCUGGAGGAGAUUUUAUCACCAGGACUCAACCUUAACUUUUUAAAACAACCCUUAACUUUUUAAUGAAGGUCGUUUACUUGAAUGUUAUUUUAUUUUUCUUACAUUGUUUUCCUACUGGGUUUUAAUCCUGUAAAUUAAGAUAAAGCAUUAACAAGC